AUGGGAAACAGCACCUCUUGCUUCACCGCGCAAUCCAACACAGCGAAACUCAUCGAUCUUCACCGGGAAACGGUGCGAGUCUUCGGUCUCCCGACGACGGCCGCCGAGCUGAUGCUCGAAGCGCCUGGCCGCGUAGUUUCGCCGGUCAGUGAUCUCCGGCGCGAUCGCCGAUUCUCCGCCAUGAAAGCCGACGAGAUUUUGGCCGGCGGCGGGGUUUAUAUACUGAUUCCAGUCAGUAGAGUGAACGGAAAGGUUUCGGAAUCGGAGAUGGCGGCUCUCGACUCGUUUUGCGGUGACAGGAGAUCGAAACGACGCAGUUCCAAAGUUCUUCCGGUCGUGGCAGAGGUUUCCGACGACGGUUGUGAUAAUCCGGCGAGAUUAUUAGGAGAAGAGAGUGAUAUUGGACGUCAGAAUCAUCGAGUGAAGCAGUGGAAACCUGCUUUGGAACCUAUUUACGAGGGAAUUUGA